CGCAAUAAGGGCGAAAUUCCUCUGUAUCGAAUAAUUUGUUUAUCAGUAAUUAGAAUCGAUUUGUCCGGUUAUUAUAAUAUAUGCCAAUUAGUCUUUCGAAUCGUACAAUAGUCAGUGAGCUCGCUUGAGGCUGUUAUGGAGCACAUACAAAUCCUGCUCCUAUUAUGUAUAACAACGGUUUUGGGUAACCCGUGCAUGAACUGGACGUUGAACUCCUUGCCAUACCCAAGCGAUUGCCAGAGCUACAUAGUAUGUUGGCUAUCAAAACCUUAUGUGCGGUCAUGUCCGAACAACUUGUACUAUGACGUGAGAUCAGAUACUUGCCAGCCUGUCGUAGCAACUAUGUGUUGUAAUAUAUCACUCUCAUUUGUAACUCAAAAGCCGACCUUACCUCCAGUCCCAGAUGAAAUCAGCACAUAUAAAAAGAGGCCUGAACUUCCAUUCACAAGAGGUAUUUUACCACCUCUUACAUCAAGUACGACCCCUUUCGACGUAACCGACAAGACUACAAUAACUUACCAAACUUCAGAACCACCAGGUCCUACUGGAAAAGAUACUUCACAAGAAACAACUACAACUAAAUCUUCUGUAACUAUAUCCACUACUCCCAGCACAACAGUAUAUUUUCCGUCAUCUACUCUUACGAAUACAGCCUCAACAAAUCAUGAAACACAGUCACUAUUUACAAUAACAAUACCGUCUGACGUGACCCGAAAACAGACAGAUGUUCCCAUUUCAACUACGUAUGAACGUUCAACUUCACAAAAAGAAACCACUGAAUUAUUAUCAUCGACAGAACCAUCAACAUGGAAACCAAAGCCAACAGAAUUUGACUUAACGACAUUAAUAAAUAAAGAAACAACUGUACAGCCUUCUAUACCAACUGCCUCGCAUGAAAUCACAACAACAGAAUCUUCAAUGAGUACUGCAAGAGCUACAAGAGUGACAAGUUCUACAAUUAAACUUAACGAAACGAGUACAGAAAAUCUGACUAGUAAAGUACCUUUAUCAAGUACGACUGAAUCAUCUAUAUUUUCAUCUAAUACUGAUUUCUUAUUAACAUCGACUUCUCUAAGCGAUAUAUCCACAUCGAUAAGUGAUACAACAAAUUAUCCAAGCACAAAAGAAAGAGUAAUAACUGAGCAGACAACUAAAAUCAAGCCUACAACUAAUUUAAUAACUACUUCACCAACUGAGCAUAUAACAAGCAGUCACACUGCAACAGUUAUAUCAGAAACAUCAACAGGAAUAAAUACUAGAGAGACGGAAAUAGCUGUAGUAACAACGGAACAAACUUUACCAGUUAAAAUAACAACCCCUGCAAAUGAACUAAGUACAAAAACUGACUCAACUCCCUCUAUUACCUUGCCAUCUUUAAAGACAAGUACAGGUACUCAUGCGACUGAGGAAAUGAUUACAAAUAAGUUAACAACUGCAUUUAUAGCACCACCAACAGUCCCAUCAAUAAUUGUAACUACACCAUCAACGACAGAAUUAUAUAGUACGAAUACUGAAUUAACUAUAGAAACGGUAACAGAACCACACGUGACAAAUACCACCACGCCCUCAUCAAAAUACACUACAGAGUAUAAUUUACCAUCUACACCACAUACCUUAGUGCCUACAACUUCUAAAAAACCAGACAAUGAAAUACAAAUUACUACAAAAAUAGAUUCAACAGUACAAGUAACAUCGACGGAAAAAAGUGUAACAAGUACAGAAAGUUCCUCGACUGGAAUUUCAACUAAUGCAAUAACAGAACUAUCAAGUACUGGCACAACGCAAGAAAGCAGUUCAUCGAAACCUUCGACCUCAGCAAACACUGAUAUUGAUAUUUUAACAACUAUAAGACCUGUAAUAAAGACUACGGAACAACUUAUAACUGAAUCUACUGCCAUGCCAAAAACCAUAGUAACUGAAGAUAUAGAUAUAUCUGGCACAACCGCAGAACCUCAUGAAACACCUAUAAUUUUUUCAACCACACUUCCUCCCGUAACGCCAGCUGUAACGCCCGAGCUACUGACGACAAGCACGGGAUAUAAUUUACCAUCAAAAUCUGUAACAGAUACAUCUGUAACUGAUACCUUUGAAUAUCCAACAACAGCAAGCGUUGACAAUGAUAUUUUAACAACUAUAAGACCUAUAAUAAAGACUACGGAACAACUUAUAACUGAAUCUACUGACAUGCCAAAAACCAUAGUAACUGAAGAUAUGGAUAUAUCUGGCACAACCUCAGAACCUCAUGAAACACCUAUAAUAUUUUCAACGGCACUUCCUCCGUUAACGACAGCUGUAACGCGCGAGCUACUGACGACAAGCACGGGAUAUAAUUUACCAUCAAAAUCUGUAACAGAUACAUCUGUAACUGAUACCUUUGAAUAUCCAACAACAGCAAGCGUUGACAAUGAUAUUUUAACAACUAUAAGACCUAUAAUAAAGACUACGGAACAACUUAUAACUGAAUCUACUGACAUGCCAAAAACCAUAGUAACUGAAGAUAUGGAUAUAUCUGGCACAACCUCAGAACCUCAUGAAACACCUAUAAUAUUUUCAACUGCACUUCCUCCGUUAACGACAGCUGUAACGCCCAAGCUACUAACGACAAGCACGGGACAUAAUUUACCAUCAAAAUCUGUAACAGAUACAUCUGUAACUGAUACCUUUGAAUAUCCAACAACAGCAAGCGUUGACAAUGAUAUUUUAACAACUAUAAGACCUAUAAUAAAGACUACGGAACAACUUAUAACUGAAUCUACUGACAUGCCAAAAACCAUAGUAACUGAAGAUAUAGAUAUAUCUGGCACAACCUCAGAACCUCAUGAAACACCUAUAAUAUUUUCAACGGCACUUCCUCCGUUAACGACAGCUGUAACGCCCAAGCUACUAACGACAAGCACGGGACAUAAUUUACCAUCAAAAUCUGUAACAGAUACAUCUGUAACUGAUACCUUUGAAUAUCCAACAACAGCAAGCGUUGACAAUGAUAUUUUAACAACUAUAAGACCUAUAAUAAAGACUACGGAACAACUUAUAACUGAAUCUACUGACAUGCCAAAAACCAUAGUAACUGAAGAUAUAGAUAUAUCUGGCACAACCGCAGAACCUCAUGAAACACCUAUAAUUUUUUCAACUGCACUUCCUCCGUUAACGACAGCUGUAACGCCCGAGCUACUAACGACAAGCACGGGACAUAAUUUACCAUCAAAAUCUGUAACAGAUACAUCUGUAACUGAUACCUUUGAAUAUCCAACAACAGCAAGUGUUGAUAAUUAUAUUUCUACUAUAAGGCCUAUUAUAAAGACAACCGAGUUACUUAUCACUGAGUCUACUAAAGCGCCUCAAACCACAUUAACUAAAGGCAUCGAUAUAUCUAGCACUACAUUAGAACCACAUGAAACAACGCCCAAAUCAGCUGUAACAUAUGAGCCACCUAUAACAAGCUCAGAACAUUUGACCAAUGCCCCAAUAAUUACUAAUCAAACUUUGCCAUAUUUGAGUACAAAACCAUCUACAGCUUCGGAAUCCGUAUCUUCAACUUCAAAUGAAAUUGAUACAACUACACUAUCUAUUAAAUCAACGUUACCUUCAGUAUCAACCAAAGUCACGCCAGAUUUGGCAAUUACCACACCAGAAUCAUUUUCCACACCAACCAUGCUGACAACGAGAGAAAAACAAUCAACAGUAACUGAGCUCGUAACGUUUACGUCAAAUGCUGAUGAUUUUUCAUCACAAACAUCAACUAUUACUAGUAGUCCUAUAAUUACAAAGUUAACGGAAGCAAUAACUGAUAAUAAAUUAACAUCAACUAUACAUCCCUUGCCUCCUUUAACUUCUACUGAAUCUAUCUCAACUAUGACACCAGGUUUGUCUACCACACAUAAGGGAAUGAUAACAAUGACGACAGAAACAGAUCAAUCUACAGAAUAUGUGUCAACUAAAGUGACAUCUGAACCAACAGAACAGACUACAGUAUUCUUACAUUCAUCCACAUUAUUGACAACUCCAACCCAUGCUACAAUUACAUUAACGAACUUAACGACAACUCAAAAUUCACUAAGUACAGCUACAGAAUCAAGUGCAACCAUUAGUCCAAGGGUGACAUCUUUGCCUGUGUCACCAGGAUCCACACAACAUACAGCAACUGAAACACAACCUAUUCCAAGUAUUACUGCUACAAGUGCAUCAAUAUCUGACAUAACAAGUACUAUUAUGAAAGCAACUGAACAAAUCAUAACGACGUCAUCAGGCGCAACUCGUGAAGAUACUUCACCUUCAGCCUUAACUACUGGAAAAGGAAUAACUGCGACAACUUCUAAUGCAUAUCCUAUGACAGACAGCAUAUCUACGAGUGAAAUGGAACCAAUUGUGACAAAAUGGUCAACAAAAGAUUUUUCAUUAACAACACGGCUUACACCACCGUCCAUAACUUCUGUGCAGCCGGAUUUGACAACUAAGCGAGAAAAGUUUAUAACAACACCAUCGACAAUGAAAACAGAACCUGCCAAAACAACGACGAAUCCAUACACGGAAAAAGUAUCAACUUACACAACGCCUGUGUCAACUUUUGUUACCGAGCUAACCGAAAUAUCAUCUAGUACAAUAUUGCCGCAAACUGAAAUAAACAAAAGCACGACACCGUCUAUUUCAACAACAAUAAUUACUGAAUCAACAUCAAGUGAAGAAACACCAAAGAUAUCGACGUAUACGAUCAUUGACACUACGGCACCAAUCGAAAAAAUGGAAACUACUACAAACUCGUAUACACUACAUACAUCUACGAUGAAAGGUGAAUCGAGUACAUCAAGUUCCUCGGCUGAAUCUUCAACUAUAGCGAUAACGGAAAAAUCUAGUACAAAUACGACACAAGAAACCAGUACAUCUGAAUCUCCUACAACAGCUAGCCUUAAUAUUGACAUUUCAACAGCAAAAAGCCCUGAAACAAAAACAACACAGCUACUUACGAGUGAAUCUAUUACAAUCACCGAAGAUACAUCUAACCCAACAUCAGAACCCCAUGAACCAACAAUAAGUAUUUCAACCUCACUGCCUACGUCAUCAUCAGCUAUAACAUAUGAGCCACUUAUAACUAGUACGGAACAUUCGACUAAUUUACCAAUAAUUACUAAACAAACUUUACCAUCUUUGUAUACAAGACUAUCUACAACAUCGGAAACUGUAACAUCAACGCCAAGUGAGUUUGAUACAACUACACUAUCUAUUAAAUCUACUUUACCUUCAGUAUCAACCAAAGUCACGCCAGAUUUGGCAAUUACCACACCAGAAUCAUUUUCCACACCAACCAUGCUGACAACGAGAGAAAAACAAUCAACAGUAACAGAGCCUGUAACGUUUACUUCAAAUACUGAUAAUUUUUCAUCACCAACAACACCAUUUACUACUAGUCCUAUAAUAACAAUACUAACAGAAACAACACAGCGUGAUAAUGAAUUACCCUCAACAUUGCGGCCCCUGCUGCCUAUUACUUCUACUAAAUCUACUUCAGAAAGUACACCGGGCUUGUCUACCAUAAGUAAGGAAGCAAUAACAAUGACGCCAGAAUCUACAGCAUAUGUGUCAACUGAUGCGGCAUUUGGACCAACAGAACAGACAACAGUAUUACAUUCAUCCACAUUAUUAACAACUCCGACCGAUUCUACAAUUACAUCAAUGGACUCAACAACAACCCAAAAUUCACUAAGUACAGCUUCAGAAUCAAGUGCAUCUAUUAACAUAGACUUAACAACAUAUUUGCCUGAUACACCCACACAGCAAACUACAACUGAAACACAACCUAAAACUAUUAUGACGACCACUACAUCGAUUGCAACUAGUACACCGGUGGCUUCAUCAACUGGAUCUGAAAUAACUGUGACAAGUACGACUAAAAUCGAACCGACCGCUAAUGAAAUGACGACAAAAGAAACAACAACAGAAUUCGCAAUGACAUUACCUAGUUCCACUACAACGAUUUCUGAGCCUACUGUAACAACUGUAAUUUCUAACCCUACUCUUCCUCCUAACAACAAAAAGUAUACAAUUCCAUCUAUCGAAACCUCAACUGAAAUUGAAAUGACUACUACGGAAACAACAACAGACCAAUAUACAGCACCAACAACAUCAUCGAAAAUGCGUUCCUUACCUCCGAUACCACCAACUGAAUCUCCUUGCGAAUAUUAUGAAAAAAGUCAUUCAGCAGCACUUAAGCCUCAUCCACUACCUUUGUGUAGACAAAGCGAUGACUACCAGUACCCGGACCUUCACGACUGUAGUUUCUACUACAAGUGUUUCGAAGGAUCCAUGACUAAAGUCAAAUGCCGUAAUAACUAUGAAUUUAGUCCUCGAGCGCUUAGAUGCAUGCCCGCGCCAGAAGCGAGAUGCCAUAAGAACCUAACCUUGAAUCAGCAGCAAGUGUAUUUAGAUUAUUUCGUACUAUUCAACAACGCACAGAAAAGUUACGCAACAAAAUGAACCAAAUAAAGUGGAACGAAAUUUAAAAAACACCAAAAAAUAAAUUUUGUGAACCCUCAAGAGCCAGGUUUGAAAUAAUAUUUGGAA